UAGUUAUUGUGCAUACCUGUGCAUGUGGUGGGUCCAGAUUGGGGCCUGAGGCGGAGAGUAAUUUUGCUUGAAGCUACAAGGCGUCUUGCUGUUUGCAGGGGGACUGGCUCUCAAGGCUUGAUAUCCUGAAUCACUGGAGCGAUGCCUCCGUGAACUCCCCUCCCUGCUUCCCCGAUCAUCUCCACAUCCCGCCCCGGCCAAGCCGCUUGCACGGUCUUAUUCUCCAAGUGGCCUUAGUCGUAUUUCCCCCUCUCCCGCUGGAGCCGAAGGUCCAAGCCCCGCCUCGUCCAGUCCCUUCUGCACGUGCUGACUUGGAGGGCGGUGCUGUGGGGUGGGCCGCUUCCUCUCCUUUGCCUUCUGCACUUUGGGACGGGGCGAGGCUGGGCCCGCUCCCGGGUGAGGCGAGGCCUCCCGUGGGUGUCGGCGCUGUGAAAUGGCGCAGCAGCAUCUGGGCUCCCCCCACCAGCUGUCUAGUCCUUGCUCUGGUAGCACAGUCUGUCGGAUGAAAAGUCUCCGCUGCUCGCGAAACUGGCCGGGGUUUUUCCGACUUAGGGGUAGCAAGGGGAUCCUUAUGCAGCACCACGUGAAAUGAACAAAACUCCACAGCCCUCAGGAGGAACCCCAUCAGCCCCACACCCCUCCCCUUCUCCUGGACUUCCACAGCAGUCAGCAUUUCCUCCUGGCCAGACGGCACCUGUGGUUUUUAACCCAGCGCAAGCUACCCAAAUGAAUACGCCUUCCCAGCCUCGGCAGUUUCCAGCAGGGCCUCGUGCUUUACACCAGCAGGGCGGAUUCAGGUCUCUUCAGCAGUUCUACCACAGCAGGGCCCAACCUCCGACAAGUGCUUCCCGGGUGCAGAGUAACACGUCUGCUCGGCCUGGCCCACCCACUCAUGUUUAUCCAGGUGCUUCCCAGGUGAUGAUGAUCCCCUCACAGAUCUCCUACCCUGCUUCGCAAGGCGCCUACUACAUCCCCGGACAGGGCCGCUCCACAUACGUCGUUCCAACUCCACAGUAUCCUGUACAGCCCGGUGCCCCCAGCUUUUACCCUGGAGCCAGCCCCACAGAAUUUGGCACCUAUGCUGGUGCAUAUUACCCUGCCCAGAGUGUGCAACAGUUCCCCACUGCCCAGGUUAUGAUGAACCAGCAACCACCAAUCCCGCCAAAGCGAGAGCGCAAGACGAUCCGGAUACGAGAUCCGAAUCAGGGUGGCAAGGAUAUCACAGAGGAAAUCAUGUCUGGCCUCCGAAUGUCCUCUACCCCUACUCCUCCACAGGCUGGAAGCGGUCCAGAGCCACAGGCCAACGGAGAGACACCUCACGUAGCAGUUAUUGUCCGGCCAGACGAUCGGUCCAAGGCCAGCCCAGUAAUCAGUAAACCUGUUUCCUUGGAGCCGAGCAAAUCGGCAUCCCCGUCUCCUCCACCGCCCCUCAUAGCAGAGGCAGAGACCGCGCUGCCGGCCGACGUGACACUGGUGCAUGCGGAGAGCCCUCUUCCUGCGGACACUACAGAGGAGCCGACAGAGGAGCCUGCAGGCAUCCUCGAGCCCAUUUGCGCCACCACUACAGUGCCAGGGGGCCCUGUCCUGCCCCAGGAAGCCCCCGUCUUGGACACAGAGCCUCAAGAGGAGGCAGCUGCUAGCCCCAUUUUGGAGCCUCCCCCCCAGCCAGUCCCGACAGAAAUGUUGACGGAGGAAGAGGCAAUACCGGUGGAGCCUGUGACUAUCCAAGAGGAGGCUCCUCAACCCGAGGAGCUUCCUGUCCCUCUGCCGGCUGCCCCUGCAACCACCCCGCUCUUGCUGGAGGAGGUCCCUGCAGGGCUGGUGGAGUCAAACGGCGUGUUGGAGGAAGAGACGCCAGAGCCUGUGCCUGAGGCCCCCGUGUGCCAGCCAGAGCUGGCUGUGGAGUCCCCCAUUGCUCAGCCCGAGGAGCUGGCACCACCCUUUGGGCUGGAAGUCCUGGGGAAGCAGGAGGCUGAAGAGCCAGAGGAGCAGCCCGAGUCAGACAUCAGCCCCAUUUCAGAGCCUGAGGAGGUCAAGGCCGAGGAGGUGGUGGCCCCACCGGCCACGCCUCCUGCUGAAAUGGAGGAGCCAGAGCAAGAGGAGGAGGAGGAGGAGGAAUGCGAGGAGGCGGUCGAGAUGCAAGAACAGAGUGUCCAGCCAGAGGCUGCACCCUUGGAGAGCACGGAGGUGGCCACGCAAGUAGCCGUAUCGGUGCCAAAGAAGAAGCGAAAGUUGAAGGACCUUAACAAGAAGGAGGCUGUGGGAGACCUGCUGGAUGCAUUCAAAGAGGUCAGCGAGGGUGGCUCUGAAGCAGAGAACCAGCCCCCUAUGCCAGCCCCAGAGCCUGAGGAGCCUGCCCCGGCACGCUCCCAGGAGGAGAAUGAGGAGACGUGGGAAGAGAAGGAGGACAAACUUGACCCCGAGAAGGCCAAGCAGGCGGACCAAAAGUACCGCUACAAGGAAGAGCAAUGGAAGCCCCUGAACCCAGAAGAGAAGAAGAGAUACGACCGAGAGUUCCUGUUGGGCUUCCAGUUCAUAUUUGCUAGCAUGCAGAAGCCUGAGGGAUUGCCCCAUAUCAGUGAUGUGGUGCUGGAGAAGGCAAAUAAAAUGCCCUUGCGGCCACUGGACCCCGUGCGCCUGAGCACCAUGAACUGUGGACCCGACUUCACACCCUCCUUCGCCAAUCUGGGCCGGCCGACCCCGCCCAACCGUGGGCCACCUGCGGGGCAAGGCCAGCGCCGUUCCCAGCAGAGCCUGCGGAAGGAUACCCGGAAGAUCAUUGCCACAGUGUCCCUGAACGAAGACGUCAAGCUCAACAAGGCUGAGAAGGCCUGGAAGCCCAGCAGCAAGCGGGCGAGCGAAGCAGAGGACCCUGAAAAUGUCAAAACUCAGGAUCUGUUCCGGCGUGUGCGUAGCAUUCUAAACAAGCUGACGCCGCAGAUGUUCCAGCAGCUGAUGAAGCAGGUCACAGAGCUGGCGAUAGACACAGAGGAGCGCCUCAAGGGCGUCAUCGACCUCAUCUUUGAGAAGGCCAUCUCUGAGCCAAACUUCUCCGUUGCCUAUGCCAACAUGUGCCGUUGCCUUAUGGGGCUGAAAGUCCCCUCUACUGACAAACCGACCGUGAUGGCCAACUUCCGCAAGGUACUCCUGAAUCGGUGCCAGAAAGAGUUUGAGAAGGACAAGGACGACGAUGAAAUUUUUGAGAAGAAGCAAAAGGAGAUGGACGACACAGCUGGCCCUGAAGAGAGAGCUCGCCUGAAAGAGGAGCUGGAUGACGCCCGAGACAAGGCCCGGCGGCGCUCUCUGGGCAACAUCAAGUUCAUCGGGGAGCUGUUUAAGCUGAAGAUGCUGACGGAAGCCAUCAUGCAUGACUGUGUGGUGAAGCUGCUAAAGAACCACGACGACGAGUCGCUGGAGUGCUUAUGUCGGCUGCUCACAACCAUCGGCAAAGACUUGGACUUUGAGAAGGCCAAGCCUCGUAUGGAUCAGUACUUCAACCAAAUGGAGAAGAUCAUCAAAGAGAAGAAAACUUCUUCGCGCAUCCGCUUCAUGCUGCAGGAUGUGAUCGACCUCAGGCGGAACAGCUGGGUGCCAAGGAGAGGAGACCAGGGUCCCAAGACCAUUGACCAGAUCCACAAGGAAGCGGAGAUGGAGGAACACCGCGAGCACAUCAAAGUGCAGCAGUUGAUGUCCAAGCAAGAUAAGAGGAGGGGGCCUCCAGGUCCGUCGUCUGCAGGUGGGCGAGGGAGCCUUGUCUCCGACGACGGCUGGAACACGGUUCCCAUCAGCAAGGGCAACCGGCCGAUUGAUACCAGCAGGAUCACCAAGAUCACCAAGCCUGGUUCACUUGACAUGAGCAAUCAGCUCUUUGCACCUGGUGGGCGGCUGAGCUGGGGAAAGGGCAGCAGUGGUGGAUCAGGUGCCAAGCCUGCUGAACCAGCUUCCGACUCCAACCGACCAGCCACGAGUACCUUGAAUCGCUUCUCAGCCUUACAACAGUCGGCUCCCGUAGAGAGUCAAGAUGUUCGGCGUGUGGUACAAAGAAGCAGCACCAGCCGCGACCGUUCUGAAAAAGGUGGCGAGCGAGGAGACCGCUUGGAACGUGAGCGGCCGGAAAGAGGCGAGCGCCUUGAGCGGUCAGAGAGGCCAGAACGGUCAGACAGGAACCGGACUCCUGUCACCAAGCGCAGCUUCAGCAAGGAGAUGGACGACAGGAGUCGGGAGCGUGAACGGCAAGGAGUCCUUGAAAGCGUGCGGAAAGUGUCCAGCAUGACAGAGGAACGGGACCGGAGCAGAGAGCCCGCAAAGCGUGAACCAGUGGCCCCCGAGGCGCCUUCCAAACCUGCCUUGUCUGAGGAAGAGCUGGAGAAGAAAGCCAAGGCGAUCAUUGAGGAAUACCUGCACAUCAAUGACAUGAAGGAGGCCCUACAGUGUGUGCAGGAACUGGGCUGCCCCUCUCAGCUCUACAUCUUUGUGCGGAACGGCAUCGAGUCCACGCUGGAGCGGAGCACCAUUGCCCGCGAGCACAUGGGCCUGCUGCUCUACCAGUUGGUCAAGGGAGGCAACCUCUCCAAGGAACAGUACUACAAAGGGCUGCAUGAAAUCCUGGAGAUUGGGGAGGACAUGGAGAUUGAUAUCCCACACAUAUGGCUGUACCUGGCAGAGAUCAUAACGCCCAUCCUGAGAGAAGGCGGUAUCCCCAUGGAGGAGCUGUUCAGGGAGAUUGCCAAGCCCCUGGUCCCUAUCGGCAAGGCCACGACUCUGCUGCUGGAGAUCCUAGGCCUGCUAUGCAAAGGGAUGAGCCACAAGAAGGCAGGAUCGCUGUGGAGAGAAGGGGGCCUUAGUUGGAAGGAGUUCCUGCCCGAGGACCAGGAUGUCAAUAAGUUCAUCACAGAGCAGAAAGUGGAGUACACGAUGGGAGACAGUUCAGAUGCACCCAGCCGGAAAGAGCUCACCUCCGAAGAGCUGUGCAAGCAGCUAGACAAACUAUUGAAAGAGAAUGCAAAUAACCAAAGAAUAUAUGACUGGAUCGAGGCAAACCUGAGCGAACAGCAGAUCUCAUCCAACGUGUUUGUCAGGGCCCUGAUGAUGUCGGUGUGCCAUUCAGCAGUUGUCUUCGAAAAUCCUUACCGGAUGGACAGCCCUGUAAUCAAGAGUCGGGCCAAGCUGCUGCAGAAAUACGUGAGUGACGAACAGAAGGAGCUGCAGGCCCUCUACGCUUUACAGGCUCUUGUGGUGAAGCUGGACCAGCCCGCAAAUCUGCUUCGAAUGUUCUUCGAUGCCUUGUAUGAUGAGGAUGUGAUUAAAGAGGAAGCCUUCUACAAGUGGGAGUCGAGCAAAGACCCGGCCGAACAGCAAGGAAAGGGGGUAGCGCUCAAGUCGGUCACGGCGUUCUACACUUGGCUGCGCGAAGCGGAGGAUGAAUCCGACAACAACUGAGCGCCAGCGUCGGGGAGGCGGAGGCGGCCGGGCUGCGUCUACCUGGCCGCUCUGACCUCUCCCUGGAGCCCUGGACUCCCUGGGGGGGCGGCGUGUGGGGAAGGGAGCGCAGGACUGGGUGCCGCUGCCCGAACCCUCCCCCCCUUAGGACGACUUAAUUUCCUUUUUUCCUUUCCUUUUUUUUUUUUUUUUGGUUUUGUUUUAAAAGGCCUGUAUUGGUUUGUGUCUGACGAUGAUAAUAAAUUGAUGCUGAAGGAGGUAGGUGUUGCUGUGGGCACUCCGCUCAGCCCCCCCACCCCCAGGCCCCGCCCGGGCACCUGGCUGAUUUUAAUGAGCGGGGGCCCAAUUCUUGCAGGUGCAAAGUACCUGAAACACAUUGUCUGUCUGCGGAACGAGGCGAGGAGCCGGAGGCCUCCCCUCCCCCCCGCCUCCCCUCCCAGUUAUUGCUGAAAUAGAGAGAGAUGAUAUAAAUAUAUAUAUAUAAAAUAUAAAUAUAGACUUAUUAAAUCUUUUGAGGUUUGAGAGGUUGGGACUGUGCUGUCCGGAAACUUUGCCCUCCUUACUCCCACCCAAAUCUGCACCCUUGGAUCACCGCCUGAAAUCACACAAACCUUGAUGGAUUAUUAUUUUUUAUUUUUUAAGAGGGGGGGGAAAUCAUUUCGGACGCCCACCUUGCUUGGGAGCGGCUGGAGUGUCGCCGGCGGAGGGGUGGGGGGUGGGGGUGGAGCUCUGCCCCCUCCCCCCCCCCCAACCAGUGCUGCGCAGGCUCCUUGGGCCGGCCCUGCCCCUGGCUCCCCUUCCACAUAUCCACCCUCUCCUCCUCCACGCCCCCAGGGAGGCCCACGGUUGUGCGAUCCACUUGGUCUCUGCCGAAUGGUUCAGAGGAGCUGCGCUUGUUAUUAAACAAGGAAGCAAACAAAAAUGAAACCAGGAUUCAAUUACCGCUCACAAGAAUUUGUAAAUAUUUUUUUGCUUUUUUUGUUUUCUUUAUGGAGUAUUUAAUUGAAGAUUUAAAGGCAUCUUUUCACCGUAAACUGGAAAUAAAAAAAAGAACAUUGCUAAA